AUGGGUCAAGGGUCCUCGCAGCCCAUGAAUGGCGGGCUCAGUGAGCCUGAGAGCCAAGGCCGCGAUGCCGUUGGUUACAGUUCCUCGAGUUCUCCGAAAAUCUCUAAGAAAGUGAAAUCAGAACUUCAGGUCGAGGGAACACCUGCUCCCAAGCGGAAAAGAAAGCAGACUGUCAACAAUACCAACAAUGGCAUGCCUUCGGACACCCCAAACCAGUCGCAAGUAUCGCCUCUAAACCAGGCAGACCCUCGCCCGAUGAAGCGCACGAAGGUCGCCCCGUCGACCGCAAACACAAAGGAGGCCCGCAAGCCGGAAAAGAAUGACACCCGAGAAGCCAUUCCGUCUCCAGAAGCCACGGUGAUUGCCAACAAUUCCGAGGCCGGGAAAUUCAACCUCCAGUCGAUGGAUGUGCAACCUCUAACGGAUGUAGCGCAUACGAACGGAACCUCGUCCAAAAAGCCCAAGAACUUCAAGGCGAGGACCACACAGCAGGAGGAAGGGAAAGAGGUGUCAACCCUUCCGCAGAGCCCUGUCGAGACUAAGACGAUUUCGAUGGCAUCUGCGAAUCCAUCACUUGCGGAUAGCUCAACGGACCAGAAGGAUUCAACGGACACAUCAGCCGCUCGGGGUCCUCGAAAAGGAAAGAAAGAUAAGAUGAUUGGCUUCUUUGCUGCAUCCGAGGUCAGCGCGCUGGAGACCUUCAAACUCGAGUUUUGUAACGAGCAUGGUAUCUCCAGUGAAAGAUUUGAUAGGAUGGUACAGCAUGUGGACCGGCGCAAAGACAGCGGCUGGCCUUGUGAUGAGAGCAUCAUUAAGAAGCCGGAUUUCUGGCAACAAAUUUACGAUGUAUUACCAGGCAGGGAUCGAAGAUCGGUCUACCGAUUCAUGAGGCGACAUUUCCAGGAUUCGUCUCAGAAGCCGCACCACUGGACACAUGAACAAGAUGACGAACUCAUCGACCUGGUAGGACGGUAUGGUCCUAAAUUCGCUCAUAUUGCCAAGAUACUGGGUCGAGUUGAGGAUGAUGUGGUUCAGAGGUGGAAGAACCGGCUUGAGCACCGGAGCACCAUGAGAAGGGGUGCGUGGUCCGAAGAGGAAGCCCGCGGGCUGCUCAAUGCUCUACAAGCUUCCUGGAACAAUCUAAAAAAGGACGGCCAAGAUGUGGGCCGAGACAUUUACGAAAUGGAUGAGGGCUUGGUAUCGUGGGGCCAAGUCAGUAAUAAACUUCAGAACUGCCGUUCAAGACAACAGUGCGCGGAUAAAUGGCGCAAGAUCAGACGCAAGGUUAUGGGACAGCGUAGCACUGGAAAUCAAAACGCUGUCUACGACCCAGCAACGGAAGCAAAGCCGCAAGGCAGAGCGAAGUCCAUCACGCUCGCGGAGCAGAUGGAAAUGGAGAGGAUGUAUAAGAGCUCCGAAUACGUUGAUUCGGAGGAUGGAGAAGAAGAAGACAUGGAACAAUCCGCUGGUACAGAGUCUCAAUCGCCGAAGAAGCCUCCAAAACAGAUUACUAAGAUCAAGGAUGAGGGUGAGUCUGCCGAAAAGAAGCCCACCAUCAUGUCUGCUCCAGAAAAGCCACCGGCUACCUCGGCGAAGGCACUCAAUAAAGGUUCUCAAUCAAACGAGUCACAGACCGAAAUUGACGACUCUGAGUCCGAAGAAUCGGAGCCUGACUCGGCUGAGUCUACCUCGGACGAUGCUUCUGAAGCCGAAACCAAGCCACGUUCUGGAUCUGGCUCUGACUCGGACUUCGAAUCCAGUGAUGAAAGCGACGCAAAAGUCGACGCCAAGACGAUUGCACAACCUCCAAAUGGGCAGGAGAAAGGUAUAAGAAAUAACAAAGCACCUUCCGCAAAGACUUCGUCAAAGCCUACAAAACCCACACCGAACCAGAAGCUCGUUGACCGCUCCAAACCCAAAACAAGUGACGAUCAACAACCCAAAGGUCAAGCUACGAAGACGUCUGCAUCUGACUCGUCGGCCAAGGCUGAAACAAACGCAAUUUCACGGGCUAAAGCUUCAAAGCCAUCACAUUCAACCACUGAGGAAGAGGAAGUGCUGCAAGAGACGUCCUUCGAGUCUGAGUCAGAUUCCGAGUCCGGAUCCGAUUCUUCUUCCGACUCUGAAGCUGAAUCAGAAGCCGAAUCUACAUCAAGCUCCGAAGAACCUUCGAACAGACAGCCCACAAAAGUAGCGCCGAAAGCACCAACGUCGAUUGGAAAAGCAAGCGUGAAGGAGCAGGUCUCUCAAAAGACUCAAAAUGACGAUGACUCCGAAGAAAACUCCUCAACUUCAGAUGAAACGUCCUCCAGUGAUAACAGCACCGAAGCUAGUGAAUCCGACGAUGACAGCGGCAGCGACAGUGACUCUAUCUCUAGCCCUAGUGACGACAAGCCGGUGAAGUCGCCGAAGGCAGCUGCCCUCAAGGGCACCAAACGCAAAGCUCAGGAACCGGCGCAGCAGACCGGGAAAACUGAGUCGAAGCGUCUGAAAACAGGUCAGAAACCAAGCAAGAAGUCAUCUUCGCCAUCCUCCUCCGAUAGAUCCUCGUCAGAAGAUAGCGAAAGCGAGGGUGAGUCCGACAGCCGCGCUAGCAGUCUUGACAGCGAUUCAGAAGCCGAUACCGACGAGUCAGUCUCGGCGUCAGACAGUUCAGACUCCACGUCUAAGCCCCAGCCCCAGCCUCAGCCCAAAUCCAAGUCCAAGUCCAAGCAGCCUACUGCUCGGCCAAAAGUACCGAAAGCUGUUAAUGGGCAAGAAUUUGAACUCUCAAAGUCAGGCACUCCAGCAAUAUCAAAGGAAGGAAGCAAUGCCAAGAAUGGGCAAAGCGGACCGAAGCAGAAGUUGAAACAAGUCAAACCCACCCUUCCUCAGGUCAAGAAAGACGGAGAAAAGAAAAAGGGCAAACCGGGAUCGACUCCAGUGUCAAAGGCGAAAAAGUCCAAGUGA